CUUCUCUUGCAGAUUGAUAGGCAGCAGUUUGAAGAGACUGUCCGGACGCUGAACAACCUCUAUGCAGAAGCUGAAAAACUUGGGGGCCAAUCCUACCUUGAAGGAUGUCUCGCCUGCCUGACUGCCUACACCAUCUUCUUGUGCAUGGAAACGCACUACGAAAAGGUUCUAAAGAAAAUUGCCAAGUUCAUUCAGGAACAGAAUGAGAAGAUCUAUGCUCCUCAGGGCCUCCUUCUGACAGACCCCAUCGAAAGAGGACUAAGAGUUAUUGAAAUUACCAUUUAUGAAGACAGAGGUAUGACCAGCGGAAGAUAAAACUGUGGAGUCUCAGAUAGCUCAACAGUGGACUUGCUGUAUCAAAGUUCCCCUACCUCCUACUUUAGAGCAUCAUUCCUUUCUUUGCUGCCAGAUCCACAGUGCCAUCUACUACAAGGACUAACUUCCUCAAACUGCUCCACGUGAGGUGACCCAGCUGGUCAGCAUCCAUUUUGUGGCCAACUUUUAAGCAAUGAGACAAUGAGAUCACUUUUUAGGUGUGUUUUGGUUUUAAGGGGGGCGGGUGUCCCCCAGAAAAAAAGCAGAAGUGGUAAAGCUAUUUCUGAAAGAAAUGGGGCACUUUGCCCAGCAGCAGGCUAGUUUUAGUCACGUACGCACAGUGCUGUUCCUCCCUAGUUCUUAAACCCUUCUGCCCAUCAGAAGCUCUGGAAAGCUGCAAGCUGGAGUUGGGAAUUUCCUUCCCUCCAGGUCAGUGUUGGAGUGAGGGGAUGCACAGUGCCCCUGCCUGGCGAGAAGGGACUCAAGGCAACGAGCGUUUAAUGCUUCCCGUGCUGAUUCUCAUGGAAAACCCGAAGGCAAAGUGUUCCUUGUUUUCAGUGUUUCAGUUGUCCCUAGGAAGGGGAGGAAUAGCUGGACUUUGAAUACUGGUGGUUUUUUUACUACUGUAUCCGUGCUGUUAUUGCAUCUGUCAGUGCUCGCCAGAAGAGGGGGUCUAUUCAUUCAGAAGCCAGUAAGUACAUUAAAAUGGAUGCUGAACCAAUAAACAUAACGACACCUACCCUUCCUCUGAUUAAUAUGUGAAGUGUAAAACUGUUUCUUUAUGGAUUUAUUAUCUAUAAUUUAUAAGGAAAACACUGAUUUCACAAACUGUUAGAUAUCGUGUAAGAUGGUUUCUUAAUCCUGUCUGCUGGCACACUCUUGGCAAGUAGAACUGUGCAUUAGUAUCCCCCCUGCAUCGACAUUCCUCAGCAGUACCUGCCAAAGUAAAGUUCCUACAAACCAAGCUGGCUUAAUAUCGUAUCCUUUUCCCUUAUCAAAGCAAGGAUGUCCAGGGUUUGAACGUCACUGUCCAGCUGUAGAAGGAAUCCAAGGAGCUAGGAAAGCAGCAUGGGAGCGCUCUGGCUGUCGGUGGCACUGCAGGUGCUAAUUCUGGAUCUGAAAUUCCAGCUUCUUACUCAGCCACUGAUUAUUUUUUUGUUUCUUUUGAUAUUUAAUAUUUUAAUUGUAUAAAACUUGUUUUUUUUCUAAACUGUAACAGUGUUUGCCUUUCACAUCUGUUGCGAUAUUGGCAGAAGGACUAAUGGAUUAGUAAAUCUUUUCUUAAACC